UGUGUUGCCACUCUGACUCUCUCGGACCUGCAAGGAGCUGCAGUAGCGUUUCGGUUUCAGUGGCGCGCGCGUACUACUACGGCCGCGGUUCGAAUUUCGCGUGGACCGUGCGUACGACAUAGUAUAUUAAACGUAGUCGCCAGGAAAACCGUGACAGCCCGCGACGUGACGAAAAUCUAAAGAUUAUCGUACAGUGUACCGACGAUAGCUACGUAAAUCAUAGAUCGUAGAAUUUCGCGGUUCGCCCACAAAACACCUACACUGCACUACACAUAUUAUAUUAAUAAUAUUUAGGUCCGCGCCGCCAUCGCCGCUCUAAGCCCGACCGCGACAAGCGAUCGGUGGUAUACGUAAGGUACCUUAUAAUCUACCCACCUAUAUACUUACUUACAGACAGAUCGGCAGCGAUAGUACAAUGCUAGCGUCCAAAGCCGUGGCGUGUCUGCGCACGUUUUUCGCGGUCACAGCGUUGAUCGUCGGCCGUUGCGCGGGCAGGCCAGCGUCUGUUGGGGCCGGAGUUCCGGACCACGGCGGUAGCGAUGCAAACCAGAAGGAUUCGCUACCGUUCCAGCACACCAUCAUCGAAGUGUCCCCGGGUCAGACGGCCGUGCUCCGGUGUCCCAGCAACGACGAACAACACAGGUUUCAGUUCUGGUGGAUGAAACCUGACCAGAUCAUCGGGCCCGGCACCGCGCCCAACAGCGACAAGUUCAAAUACGAAGUGCUCACCGGCACGCUUUACAUAAAGCAAGUAACAGCUCAAGAAAGCGGGAUCUACACUUGCGUCUGUAAAAAUCUAAAAAACAUAUCGCUAUCGGCGAGGUCGGUACAACUGGAAAUAAAAAAGGAAUGGAAAGACCUCUGGGAAAAUGACUACACGGUCAACAGCAUACGAGUGGCGGCUGUCUUGAGCGUGAUGGUGUUGCUGUUACUAUUGUUGUAUCUGUUUUACCUAACGGCAUACAAAAAUAGUAACAGAACGUUACACUUUAGAGAAGAUUAUUCGGACGAAGAUGUAUCGAUGGACAGGCAGAUGUACAGAAAGACCAACAUAAUGAAAGAAAACAUGUUUCAACACGGCAUAGACAACCCGACGCUGGAAAAGGAAGCGGCCCAAGUAAAAAAUAACGGAGAGACGAAGGCGUAAUAGCGGAUGCAAUAACACAGUCGGUACGAAAAAUGUAGUUCCUUAUCGGAGAAAGACUGUUCCGAUUAAUAUUUCUUCAUUUUUCUCCGUUUUUAUAUAGUGAAUGUAUAUAUAAUAUAUAUAAAAAAAUACGAAUAAUCUAAUUGUAUAAAAAAUAUAUGAACAAAAAAUUAUACAAAAAUAUUAUAUACUUA